UGCAUAUGAUACGCCAAUCCUUUCCAUUCACUUUGAUAGAGCGCAAAUGCGUCUAAAUACCACGCAUCAUCUUUAACGGAAUUGACGUCACCAGCAGAGCUCAGUUCACUAAUAGAGGAUUUCACCUGAUGCGCGUCCAUCUUUAAACAGGUGGGUAACAAUAAUGCUAUUUUUGUUACUAGAUCACUUUGUUAACGUUAGCAUUUUAUUUAUUUAAUCGCUCCUGCAUCACGCGAAUGUUGUCGUUUUUUUUAAACGGCAGCGUAUGCUUUUAAAGGAGUUGUUACUGGAACAGUGGGUUGCUCGAUUAGCACAGCUGGUUGCUAAUGCUGUAUAUAAACCUCUUGCAAUUGGUAAAAAAAAAUAAUAAAACAAAAACAGCCUUUAAUCAUACUGUGACUUGGGUCUUUAGGUUUUAGACAUGGCUGUUGACAGCACCGACUGAUAUAGUUUUUUAGCUAUCGUUUUUCGGUAAAGUGGUUGGACCCCCAAGGGUUUAUAAUGUAGUCUAAGCACGGCACGUGGACUCCUAACCCAGAUUAAUUAAAAAUUUUGUGCACGACAUUGUGUUUUACUAAAAUAUAUCGCGUCUGCAGAAAAAAACUAAUGUUAAAUGCUAUUUACGGGCCGCUGUGGUGUCCCAGUAAUCGGUGUAUCGAUGGGUGCUGACACCAGGUCGGUAUUUGGGAUCAUACGGCCAACUACAUUCACUAUAUAAGCCGAUCUGAGAUCUGUCGCUAACACAGGCACGUUGGUAUAAUGCAGGCAGGCAGUACUAGUUGCUUGCAGAUGCACGAAGCAGAUUCCCGGGAUGUUUUGUUUCUAAUGUCAUCAUAAAUACACAAGUAUUUGUUAAUUAAGCACAAUUUAUUCUAAAGUCUUUGUCUUCACCAGAUAAAAAGCUUUAUAUUUUGCAGUAACCAAUAAAAAAAACAUACAUCUGAAAUUGAUGAUGAUAGCUAAUCGAUUUCAGUGGUUCCCAAUACCAGUCCCUGGCCUCCCUCCCAGAACAUUUUAGAUGUCUCCAUAUAUAAAAACACUUGAUUCAGUUCAUCAGCUUGUUAAUGUGUUAAUUAAGGAGCCUGAUGAGUGAAAUCAAGUGUUUUAUUUAAGGAGACAUCUAAAACAUUCUGGGAGGGUAGGACUGAGGACUGUAAUUGAGAUGAGAACCACUGGAUCAGGUGACGUAAUCUUAGCCUUAAUACAUAAAUAAAUAUAAUUAUUUUUACAACAAGAGGUUGUUAUGAAAAUAUCAAUUCUCUUAUCACCUUUAUUGCAAAUAGUCAGACGUCACUAUAUUCUACCAGAAAAUAGAAAAAUGUUGUCACCCUUUACCCUCAUAUCUUUAAUGUUUUCCAGUCUUUCCAUUCAAUUUUAUUAGUCAGAAAGUUUGAGUUGAAGGCAGAUCUCAGAUCUAACUGACACAUUUAUUUUUGUGUUUCAGUACAAUGGCAAGUGUUAACAAAAACAAACUCGAAGCUGUUCUUAUGCUUGGGGAUGUAUUUGUUGAAGAGAUACAGAAAUGUAACCGCGAGUCACAUACUCCGAAGCAUGAAGUCACAAGACCUAAAGUGACCUGGUGGAAGAGGGACUGUCAUGGACAACGCGUGACCACCAACAAACGGAGGAAAAAAGAGUCAUCUACUGUUAGUACGUCUCCAUGUGCAAGUUCCUCCAUCACAGCUCCAUGUACUAGCAGCUACCAAUAUUCUGAUUUUAACAUGCAGAGGCUUGAGGACAUUCUGCAGGACUCUGAGAGCAUUGAUGUUGAAAAUCCUGCUCCACAGCCAUCAUUGUCCAGUUGGUCUGAAAGGCAGAAAGGGGUCCAACAAUGUUGGCAACAGGCAAGGCCACAAAACCUUGCCAACUUGUUGACAGCUGAGAACAUCGUCCAAAUGACAUGUAAUCACUGUCACAAGAAAGAAGCCAUCAUUCGUUGUGGGGAGUGUUUACCGUCUGAGUGGUUUUGUGCAGAGUGUGAUCAACUGGUACAUAAACGCCACACUCUGCACAGUAGGCAAACCACAAUGUAUGUUUUUUUUAAGUACAUCCCUCCAACAGAGUUUGUGAAACUCCAUGAUGACAAAUACAUCAUCUGUGAACAAGAUUGUUUGCUGCCAACAUCCUUUCCUCCAAGGAUAUGCUCCUGUGACACUGGUGAUGUUGCAAUCUCUGCUGGUAGAUCCAUCAUACUGGUUUGCAUAAAUGGCCGUUACAAUCUUAAGAUCCCGGAGCUAACAUGCAAACAUUGCAAUAAGCAAUGGGCCCCAGAAGUCAGUGACUUAGUAAGGAGUGGUUACUGGCCCGCUACAAUGCAAGCACAGACACUGUUUCACCGAGAUCUGUUCCAUUCCUUUGAGGCUAUGAAGACAGCAGCUCCAGGAAUGUCAGUGAAAGCCUUCACAGCAAUGUUGGACCAGAGAACGAGGCAAUUUGGAAGAACUGGCAAAGUGAAUGUAGAUGCUUUUCAGAGGAGCUUUCUGCAAUACGUGUACUGCAACUCUGAAAAGAACCAACUUCUGGGAAAGGAGCCAUUUGUCUGUCCAGCCUGUAGCCCUGACAUGUUGGCUGUUUCAGUUGAUGGUAACCGAAAACUCUACAGGUUCCAGAAAAAAACCCAGAGUGAAGAGCCAGGAUUCUUUGAUGGAGUGUUUUUAGCCCAGGACUCUGAGGUGUCCAAUUUUGUUGAGGAAGUCCGGGGGGCUGUCAAAAAUAUUGCAGGAAAAGCGAUGUGUGGGGAAUCCCACUGGAGAGCAGCAAGAGAGACAUCAAAGCAGGCCAACAAGUUGGAUGAAGAAGGAGUUGAAAUUGCUGUGUGCAGGCAUGGAUUCUUACUCAAAGGUCUGAACAUGUAUAGAGGAGAAAUAUUUGCGUAUCCAAUGUUUCUCCAAAAUCAGUUCCAGGAUGCUACGUUUUUGGCUAUGGAUGUGACCUGCCGUUAUGUGCCAUAUCUGGAGAAGGUGUCGGAGGCCCUGACUCAUCUUCAGCCUCUUCGGAAAAUGAAACAUUGCUUGUCCGUUAUGCAUGCCAAAGCCCACAAUACAAAAUGCGAGAUUCUGUGGAAUGCGAGGAACCAGGAAGGUGCGGGAACCACUCUUGGUGAAGAAGUAGAACAAGUUAAUAGUUUUCUUUCCAGAUGUGCUCUGACCACAAAAUAUAUGACCAAGUCAGUAAGAACUGAUAUGCUUACUGUCCAUGCAAGUGGGUGGAAUCGGCGUAAAGAGAAUGGCCUCCACAUUGCCUUGUCUUCCAGAUUCAAAAAGACCAUAGAAAAGACUUUGGAUGCAACAGAGAGCCUGAAGAAUAUGAAGGACCAGUUGCAUUGCUCUGAUGACAUGCUAAAACAGUGGGUUGUUGAUGUAAACCAGUGGGCCAGUAGUGGAAAUGCAGGAGCCACUCAUGUUGAUGCUCGUGGUUUGCAGAUCUCAAUUGAAGCACUCUUUGUUAGCAUUUGUCAGAAGAAACACUAUCUUUAUAGACAAAAUGAUCGCAACAAAAGGCGUCAGAAGAUUAGCCAGAAGAUUGGCCAAGAAAAGAAACGCUUGCUGGAGGAGAUCCAGAGAUACAACCAACAACCUGAUGGUGACCCUGUGGACACAAACUCGGUUGUGCAGAAACUCUCCAACAAAACUCCAGAGAGCAUGAUCUGGCCUUGGCAGGAAGAGAACACAGACGGUGUCAACAUUAUUACUAAGAAGAAGCUCUUUGACCAGCUAAUGCUUGUCUCACGACUGACAGAAGAAAAGGAGAUCCUUGUUAAAGAAAUGAUGCAGCACUGUCAGUACCUUAAGAACUCUCUAGCAAAGGUUCAGUUACUGAUGGCCACUGUUUCAGAGUGCACACAAACAGGAAGCUAUCCAAAUGGAUUCACAGAGGAUGGGUGCAAGGGCCUCCUCUGUCUACUCAAGAGAAGACUGCAAGACCUCAGACUCAAACAGCAGACUGUGGCAUGCACAUAUAGAGGCAUUCUUGAAAAAACUCCUAGGCUACUGGAAGAGGAGGAAUUGGAAAUAGAGGAAGAAAUGGACUGGCAAAGUGACAUCAGCUCUGAGGACGAAGAUGAUGAAGAAUUGGGGACCCACGUAAAUUGAAUUGGAACUCAAGUCGCAUGUUUGUACUUUGAUAACUUAAAAAGGUUUCUGGAGUUUUGACAGAAGUUCCUGUGUUUUUGUUAAUAAGUUUGUGGUUAGAUUUGUUCCAGCAGACAACGGAAUUUAAAUUGAAUAAUUUGAUUUAUUUUAAGUUGACAUUUGAAGAGUUUCGUUGCAAAACGAGAUAACUCUGUUUUUAUUAAUUGUUCAGAAAUCUUGUUUUUGUGGUUGUGCAUUCCAAUUAAUAUCAAUUCAACUGCAGUUGGUUUGUUUUGAUUUAAACCUUCAUAACUUAAAAAAUACAGCUAAGUAGCACCAUAAAACAAAAUAAUAACAUAAUAAUAAACAUGUUUUGACAAAAAUGUUAAAAACGGAUUUAUCUCGUUUUGCAACGAAACUCUUCAUAUGAUGAAAAUCUAGACUUUUUCCAUGUUUAAGUGCUAUAAUUGCAUCCCCAGUGCUUCUAUCAACCUAGAAAAUGUGAAAAAGAUCAACCCAGUAACCCAACUUCUGGUUACUGGUUUUGGUAAACCAUUCUAUGCAAGCAUGUGAAAAAAUAGAUCAUUGAAAUUUGUCUCUCCUUGUGAUGUCAGUAAGGGAUCUUAUUAAAAUAAUACCGCCCCUUAAUCUGCACUAUCCAACCACGGCACUGCCAUUAGGUGCAGAGAUCAGCCCAUUUGCAUUUUAAAGCACAGAACCAAAAACAGUACAAUUUAUACCUACAAAGUGGCAAUUUUAACAUGUUAUAAUUAUUUGUGGAGUAAUUUGAGCUAAAGUUCAUAUUUGACAUCUUAAAAAGUCCACUUAAGUUGAAACUGAUUAUAGAAAUAUGCACUUGUUUACUUGGUUUGUUGUCACAUGCUUCUUAUACUGCUGUAAUUAUCAGUAGCCAUAACCAGAUGUUAUUAUUGUUUCUGUUUUUUAUUUUAUCUCCACUUUUGGUUAUUUUAAUUGGUAGUCCACGUUGUACACUUUCUCUCACAUGUAGGCCCAUGAAAAUGAUGAAAUUUCCCAAACUUCUGAAACAUGUAAUAUGUAGAGUUGUACUUUUCCUCUGACAUCAAUAUAUUCAAACUAUAUUCUUUGUCUUCUGCAUACCAUUUCUUGUUUUAUUUAAGUUACUGGAAUUGUAAUUGGGCUACACAUGUUUAUAUAUUAUAACUGAUAAUAUUUGUAUAUAAUUGCUUGGUGACAAUACAAAUAUAGAUUUCCUAAUAAAAUAGAUUUGUCAGACUA